GUCAUUUCAUUAUCAGGGUAGGCAUUAUUAGCCCACCAACAUAACCUAUAGUCCUUUACUUUCUCUCAUAUUCGAUAAUUGUAUUGGUAUUAGUACUUAAGGCCUGCCCAGUGCCCACAAUUUGAUAUUUAUUUUUAAAUCUACCACUAACCAUAACAUAAGCAUAUUGAAACAAAUGGAACAAACAAACAAAAAACUUGAGCCGGUGUUAUGGAUCUUAGUGGGAUGCUUUUUAACUGAGGAUAAACAAUUAACAGGAGCAGGUAGCCUACUGUACGUUAUCCUGACCAUGCCAACUAAUGACAUUUAAAGGUUUAAUAUUGAGCCUUUUGAAACAAAGUACUAACCUUGAUUGUGAAACUAUAGCAUUGUACUUAAGAAAGAGGGCUCUUGAAUGGGGAAGAGUAUCUGCCCGAAUUGCUCACCUUAGUAGAUAUUGGCAAAUCCAGCAGAUGUGAAGUACCUUGACAGGGUUGUCACUUUGCUAAUACAGUAUGUGAAGCAGAAAAAUGUUGCCUUUACAUUAACCAUAAGCUAUGAAUAGUAUAAAACUAUUAGUAAACAAUACUCAGUUUAGUCUGUCUUAAUGCAACAUGUAGUUAUUUUUUAUUUGACCUCUCAGCUUGCUGCAGGUUUUUGUUUGAUGUUUAAUACUGUUUUUCACAGUUAGAUAAAGUUACUUUUGGGACAUUAAAUGUUAAAUGAAAUGGGUUCCCACUUCAAUUUUUAUACCCCCUUAGAAUUAUCCAAUCUAACAACAACUAAAUGUUACAGCUGUGGUGGGGAAAUGCAUUCAUAUUCUGAAUCUGAAGAAAAUUUGUCAUUUGUCUGUCAUUUUGACAAGUAAUUGACCGCACAGACCCAAUGUGACCAACGGUAUUGCUGAUCUAGCCAGAGAAGAAAUUCAGGUUUUGUGCAGAGGCAUGAUUUUGACUGAGGCCGCAGGCUUCCCUUCCAGUGGCUGCAUACGUUUCUGCUGAGAUCUCCCAGAUAGAUGCAGACACUGGAAUCAUAGUGUCCACACAGCUUGUGGAAACCCAGUCUGUCCUGUUUCACUCCUUCCAUGCCCUGGUGCAACUUUGGCCUCUAAGGCAAUGUUCUCUGUGAGCAGAAUUGUACCUUUAUGCAAAUCCACCGUUGUUUUUUAACCGUGGAAGGAAGCAAGCAUGUCAGAAGGAACAUAGAAUAGAAUAGAAUAGAAUAGAAUAGAACACUUACACAAUAAAUGGGUAAAAAAGGAUGCAUCUAAGAAGACACUUACAUUUGUUAUGUGUGUUACUAACAAAACAGUAGGCUACCGCACGCACAUCCAAAAAAACGAUUAAAACUGGGUGCUGGACUGAAGUUAGGAGAGAGAAGUCCGCAGAUAAUGCUCCUCAGUUUGUUUAAUGGUAAAUCACCACGAGUAACGCUUCGGGCUCUAGCCCCUGAUCGGACAUUACGUGUUCUUUUUUUUUUUUAAGUAUAUUUUUUUGGGCUUUUUUGCCUUUAUUUGUAGAGGACCGUGAAGGGUGAGACAGGAAGUAAGUGGGAGAGAGAGAUGGGGUGGGACUGGGAAAUGACCGCAGGCCGGACUCGAACCUGGGUCCCCGUGGGCACUCGGACCUGUAUGUGGUAUGAGCGCUGUAGCCUGCUGCGCCACAGCGCCCCCACACAUUGCGUGUUCCUAACACCCCUGUUCCACGGUGGUAUGUUCCGACAGGGUCUGUCGGCAUGCGCCAUGGAGAGCUUCUUUCCUCUUCUGCGGCCACAGCCGCACGCUAUGGAGGUGCUGGGCAUCAAGGCCGACGUCUGCCUGUGCUCUGCAAAGAGCGACGUGAGUGUGUACGAGCUCUGCCUACAAGUGCAGUUGGAGCUCAGCAUCACCAAUGACUCCUUUCCUGGAAGUGAUGACGACGACGAUGAUGAUGAUGAUGAUGAUGAUGAUGAUGAUGAUGGAGAUCACCUCGAGGAGGAAACUUCAACAGCAGGAGGAGAAGAGAUGGAGGCUCCAAGCACUUUUGCAACAAGUGAAGAACCUGCCUCCUUGAAUUUGUGCUACACCAUCUCGCAAGGGCUCUCUCGUUGUUACAAGGUGGCGUGUGAGGUCCACUCUUCACGGGAGCAUCCUAGGCAGACUGAGUGGUUUGGCGUGGUGUUGAAACCGGAGGGUUUGACCGCUGGCAGCGUAGUGCAUGUGACCGCUCACUCCGUCACGACUGAGGUCAAAGCUACUGUCCCAGUACCCAUAAAAGUCCCAAAUUGUACAGCAUCACGGCGCAAAGAUUGUGUUGAUCCACCUGAGCUGUUAACUGAAGUGGACCUGGAAAAAGGGGAAGUUGAUAUAAAAGUUAAAGGCAAAACGGGCCAGGUGAACAUGUGUAUGAAGUCAGAAAGGACAGGGAUUUGCAAGCCCGUUUCAACAUUUCCCAUUCCACUGCUCUCUGUCACCCCCUGCACGUGCUUUCAGGCAUGGUGGAAGAACAAAAUCGGAGCACGCUCUGAAAGCUGUCUCUUUAGAAAAACUCCUGCAAAGGUCCGCAAAGUGCUACGUCAGAAUGUUUUGGCUAACGUCACCACAUCCGUGGGACUCCGCCGAACCCACAGCGGCAUCCUGGCCCUGAGCUGGAACGUGAGCAUGCCAUGCCAGGAAAAGGUGAGCGUGAGUCUGUGCCACCUGGGGCCCGGUGGGACCUGUCGGGAUGUGGAGGGUGGCACUCGGGAAGGAGGUGAAGAUUGGAUAAACAGUGACAGUGGAUUAUGGAGUAAAUUCGGGUCUUUCCUGGAUGUCAGCCCUCAUCCGCCUCUUUGCAUAAAGAUGACGGUGAUGGGAGUAGAAUUUGAUCCAUUGUGUCCAAAACAUGCCGGAAGAUGGCACUGGAGUAUUCCGAUCUUGGGCGUGCUGCUGAUGUUUACUCUGAUCAUCCUGGGACUUUAUUUGAAGAGGACGACUCUUGAGAAGUGGAUCCAGAAGUGGCAGAGAACGAGCCUUCUUCAAGGAGGUCAUGUGCUGCUGCUGCACCCCCCGUGUGAGGAUGCGUCGCUGUCGGAGCAGGUGUGUGUGCUGGGCUCGGCGCUGCGCUCCCUGGGCUUCAGCGUGUCCCUGGAGCUGUGGAGCCUGACGGAGCAGGGCGCUCUGGGGCCCGCGCCCUGGCUGCACGCGCACAUGGAGGCCCUGCGCUCCUCCGGCGGCCGCGCCCUGGUGGUGCUGAGCCGCGCGGCGCUGGAGCGCGCCGAGGAGUGGACCUGGCAGGGCUGGACGGGGCCGCCGCGCGCCGGGAGGCUCGGAGACAGAGACUCAGACGGGGACGCGGCUCCUCCUCCUCCUCCGUCGCCGUCGCCGCCCGCGGACGUGUUCGCCGCUGCUCUGGGCUGCCUGCUGGAGGAGCACCGGAGAGGCUGUGCGGCGAGACUCUUCUCCUUGGUGCAGUUCGACUCGCACAGCCCCUGCGCCCCGGGGGGAGGAGACCCCGGCCUGCCACUGCUGUUCCGGGGGCUGAGUUUGUACAACCUGCCUGCGGAAAGUCAGCCUUUUCUGAAUUCUCUCAUGGAGCUCGGCGGGAUAAGUGCAAGACCCAGGGGGAAGUGGCAGUCUAAGUGGCUGUCCAGGACGCUAAGGGAAAGCCAGCAAGACACGAGUAACAUCACUCGAGAGCGUUUGUCUCAGAUAUGGAACGCUGGUGAGACAGUGCCUCUGCAGCCCUGAGUUUUUCCUCAUCUAAACAUGAUGGCUGUCUUGACGAUGGCGCCAUGGCCACAGCACUGAUUCUGUCCACAACACAAACAUAUUUUGUACAAUUUGGAACCUUUCAAAAUGUUGCACUUCUACAACAAAUAAUAUGAAGUUGGUUUGUAUUUGGUUCCGUUUUGAUGUAUUUGGUUCCACUUAUGUUUCUUUUUAAAUUGACAUUUUCAAGCCUACGUUUCCGUUAUGAAAUGAAUUUAUUGAUGAAGUAUGUAAAUGUUGGAAAUCUUUAUUUUUGCACAAGACACAGCCUUCACUUGGGCAGUGGCACGAAUUUGUAGUCAUCUGACGACACAACUUUUGACCGGCGGCGAGUUAGAAACUGAUUGCAUAUCAUGUGCGCUAUGUUUAGAAAUAAAAAAAAAGGCUAUCAGUAGGUGUUAGUCAAGAUAGCAUGUCAUUGGUCGUCACAGCACUCCAGCAGAGUUAGUUGAAGAGAGCAACCAAUCCGAGCGCUUGUUUGAGUUGGACAAGAUAUAGAUGACACUCCCCCACGCAGUUGUUUCCUUGUUGUAGCGCGCAACGGAAACACAAGACAAGCAAAAAGAUAUGACUUCUAUGAGACUUUAAUGGAUAGAGGUAAACAAUCAUUUAUGUGUUUGAGUUGUUUUGACAUGUCAUACUGUUCGAUUAACCAGUGUUUGUUGAGGACCAUGUGCAAUUCUAGCAGUUCUAAUUUCCACACCCGAAAUAAAAGUGCUAUUUUUGCCUUGUGACCGGUAACAUUUUACGCACGUUUAGACUAACAGUUCCUACCGAUCGGUUUGGUGAAGGCUUUAUGUAAUAACGAUGUAUAAUAAAUAAAUAAUAUAAAGUGACAGAAUGCACCCCUCAAACUAGCCUAAAACCCGUCAGACAGUUUCUUGAUUAGAAAACAGAAUGUGACUGGGAAGCAGGUGAACAGUGUUCACUCAAAAAGUAUUUUUUGUUAGUGUCGGUACGAAUAAAUAAUUGGAG